CCUAUAAAUGUGGUGCAGGAGAGUUCAGCAGCACCCAUCUCAGACCAAGUCCAAACCAAGAGGCCUCCUCUGUCUUACUCAUCGUUUUUACAACUCCUCUGGAAUCUCAUCAUGGAUAUCCCCAUCCAGUACCCCUGGUACCGCCGGGGCUUCCCACUUCGAUUCUCUGACCUCCCCUUGACAGAACCUCUCACCGAUUGGCCACUAUACUGGCCUUUUCCCUGGUCCUUCCCCUGGAUGCGCCCUUCAUUCCUGCGCUGGUUCAACUGGCCUGACAAUGGACACAGUGAGAUGCGCAUUGAAAAGGAUCGCUACGUCAUUUAUCUGGAUGUGAAGCACUUCUCACCCGAAGAGCUGUCUGUCAGUGUCACCGACGAGUACAUCAUAAUACACGGCAAACACGAUGGCAGACAGGACGACCACGGCUUUGUGUCAAGGGAGUUUGAGAGGAAGUACAAGCUUCCUGCCGGCGUGUCAUGUGCCGAAGUCACCUCCUGUCUGUCAGUCGAUGGUAUCCUUACAAUCACUGCGCCCCGGUCAUCCUCCAGCACAGAGCGCAAUAUUCCUAUCUCCUGUGAAGAUGGAACACCAAAACAGAAAAUGUAGAGCAGAAUCUGAUGCUCCUCACACUGUUUCACUACUAACCCCCAGUGCUGCCUGUUUUUAUAUUUAACCUGUUACUAUUAUGUUGGCAGUUUAAUUCAUAUAUACAGUAGGUGGGGCAUACAGGUCUAGAUGUCUAUAAGUGCAAGUGCCUUCUAAUAAAUCAGUAUCUAAUUCCUAACUCACUGUUAUUCUGAUGUCUCUGCAAGACAACGGUGCUUUAAAACCAAAGACUAAUAAGUUGAGCUCAUGUGGCAGAGUCUAUCUGACAAGGUUUUGUAUAGACACACUGGGGUGAGGCACAGGAUAAUGAGGUUCUGAGAGUUAAUGUCCAUAUCACAUGCCUCUCUGCCAAAGAUAUUUGCACCUCGGUGUAUGUAAAUGACACAUUAGGGCAUGUAAUCAUAUAUUGAAAGACAUUUCCUCUCCUUCAUUAGGCAUUUCCGAAUGUUAGAGUCUGUACUGGCCAUGCAGUUAAGUGGAAAAAUUGUUUUUAUUAAUUGAACCUAAAGCUGGGCAAUACAGAGAAAAUCAAAUAUCAUAUUAUUUUUUUACCAAAUACCUCAAUUUCGAUAUUGUGACAAUAUUGUAAGGUUAACAAUUGGUGCUUUUACAAAUAAAUUGAAAUUUUUGAUAAAUAAUCUUUAGUAAUGUGGAUAUAAUGAC